GUAGCUCCGUUGGCUACCUUGAUGACCUCCGCGGCUUUGUUUUCACAACAUACCAGACUUGGCCGAAUAGGAAGUGCAACAACUUSACUUCGGAGCAACUUCUGAUAUCUUUUUGUCCUUUCAACCAUUUUCUUUGUUGUUUUUCGCCUCUGGGAAUCUGCCGCCGACGAUUUCAGGAUGGUGAAAGUGUCGUUUAAUACCGCUUUGGCACAGAAAGACGUGAAGAAAGAUGCUGAAACUCUGAUCCCCGAGGACGAAACGGAUGCCGAGGCUGCUCUGCUGGUCCGUCGCCAGUCUCGAACCUGGUGCUGGUGCAUGUGUCUGGGUCUGGCCCUCAUGCUGUCUGGGGUGGUGGUGGCAGGAGCCUAUCUGUACCACUACUACAUCCUGGAGGUGAACACAAGUCACUAUAGCACUGCGGAAGUAUCUCAUCCCGAAGAUGAGGUCUACUUCUGUGGUGUGAAUUACCACGAGGAGGACUACAUGGUCGCUGAUGAGGAGAUGCCAAACAAGAACUUUCAGCGAUUGCUGGAAGAGAAGAUCAGGGUGCUGGAGCGGGAGCAGGUGGAGUUCAUCAACGUGCCCGUGCCAGACUUCGAAGACGGAGACCCUGCCGAUAUUGUCCACGACUUCCAGAGGAGGCUGACCGCUUACCUGGAUCUGAACCUGAACAAAUGCUACGUCAUCCCACUCAACACCUCCAUCGUCAUGCCUCCCAGAGAUCUUUUGGAUCUGCUCAUCAAAGUCAAGGCUGGCUCCUACCUGCCCCAGUCGUACCUGAUCCACGAGGAGAUGAUGGUGACGGAGCGCCUUGAGAACGUCGACCAGCUUGGGUACUUCAUCUACAACCUCUGCCACGACAAAGAAACCUUCAAGCUGCAGCGCAGAGACACAAUUCUGGGUAUGCAGAAGCGCGAAGCUCUCAACUGCCACAAGAUUCGUCACUUCGAGAACAAGUUUGUGGUGGAGACUUUGAUCUGCGAGCCUUGAGACGCCUCGACCGCAACUCUUAAAGUUGCAGGGCCGGCCGAGAUUGUGUUUCUUCAUCGUCACCUAUCUGUUUUUCUGUUCUGCAAUAAAGAGUUUUGAGCAAGAGAGAGGAGUGAAAUGUGAAGCUGUGUGGUAAAUAUCUACUGAAUGUUAACUAAAGUAAAAGCUUAUUAUUUUCUGUUUCUUUUUCUGCUUGGGAAUCAUCUAGGAAGCUAUAAUGCUUAGCCGAAUAUUCACGUAUAAAUUAUUUUAAUCAAAACRUCUGCGGAAAAUAGCAACAGUUUGCUUCUAUAGAUAUGGGUGCAUCUGUUAUUUGCAGUUCUUUCAGYUUAAAUAUGAAAACCUUGGGCGACAGGGCAUCCUUUGUACAACUGAUUCUGGUUUUCGAAASUCGAAAAUCMGAAUCAAUUCUAGGGAGACUUUUUAUUAAUGUUUGUGGUAGUUAAUAACAUGCUGCACCAAUUGUCUGGAAUACAUUCUUAAUGGGAGAUUACAGAACCAUACUUUUUUUUUUUUACUCUGAAAACGACAGGCAAAAAGUGGAAAGGGAAAUCCAGAGGAGUAAGGGCUAGCAGGAAGCACACUUAUGUUAAAGUCUUUUUCAAAUGUUUUUUUUUUCUAAAAGUCUCAGUUUUGAUAACUUUUUUUUUUGUUUUUCUUGUACUAAUUUGUGUAUAUAAGCUCUUCAAUGAAAUAAACAGACCAACUCAAUAAACCAAAAAAUGGAUUAAAAAACC